AAUAUGAAAUCCUUAAAGGAACCAAAAGAUCCAUGCACGUCGAUUAGCGAAAAUUUGAACUAUGAACUAAAAGAAUGGUCGACGCGACCCAUUUAUGAUGGCUUUAAGUGCUAUUAUACGAUAAUGGUUUAUCUCGGCAAAGGUGGUUUCGCGAAAUGUUUCUCUGCGAUGGAAUUCAAUCGAGACCAUCAACGUCAGGUCGCAUUAAAAGUUGUAGAUAAGAAACGAUUAUCGAAACAAACACAACAAGAGAAAAUACUCAAGGAAAUUUCCAUACAUAAAAAAUUAGAACAUUCGAAUAUUGUCGCAUUGUUGAAUUUUUUUGAGGAUAAAUUGAAUAUUUAUUUAGUGCUCGAAUUUUGCGCUAAUAGUACUCUUCUACAUCAGAUUCACACUUCCGAAGAUCGACAUUUGCGAAACGAUGUGGCUCGUUCGUAUUUCUCUCAGGUUAUUGAUGCUGUACUAUAUUUGCAUGAAAUAUGUUGCAUUCUUCAUCGGGAUCUCAAACCAGGAAAUAUUUUAAUCAACGAUCAUCAUCAGGUAGUGAAACUCGCUGAUUUUGGUCUCGCUAUACAAAUUGAAGAUUUACCGUUCGCUUCGAUUUGUGUUUGUGGUACUCCAAAUUAUAUAUCACCGCAGGUACUAGAACAUCAAGGCCAUUCAAAAGAAUCGGAGGCAUGGUCGCUUGGUUGUAUAUUAUAUUGCAUGCUAAUUGGUAAACCACCUUUCGAAACAGAUUCUGUCGAAGAUACGUAUUCGCGGAUUCUUAGAUGUGAUUAUGAUUUUCCUAUUGGAUGUAUUUCUGAAUCUGCUCAGGAUCUUAUUACUAAACUGCUUCAUCCGGACAUGGCACUGCGCCUAAAAAUUCCAAUGAUCAAAAUGCAUCGAUAUUUUGACACCGAACAUAGGAAUAGUAAUUAUUUGCUUUCUUUAAUAACAUCGCAGAAGGAUUCACAGGACACCUCAUCGAUUUUGGAUAAUUAUAAAUGUUUUGGAUCGUUAUGUCGUACAACAGAGGAAGUGAAUCCUAUAUCUAACGGUGGAGUACAUUCUGGCGAUUCGGGUAUUGUUUCCGAUGGGUAUUUUCCUUUAAAAACGCAAUCAAUUAAUCCGCUAAAUUUGUAUGAACUUGUAAUGGCUGGUCACUAUCAAGUAUCUAACGAUCCACCACAAACAAUUUCGGGGAUAUUAAUGGUCAGUAAAUGGGUGGAUUAUAGGAAUCGAUAUGGCUUUGGUUGCGUUCUAAGCGAUGGCUCACGUUGUGUUCUAUUCAAUAAUAAUUCUUCUAUGGUUUUUAGGCGUGAAACCGCUAACACUGGUCGAUAUUCAUUUUUUGCCAAUACUGAACAAGAUCCAUUGUGUCCAAUUGAAUGGACUACGAAUGAUGUUAUUGUAAAUUCAAAUUUAAUAGAAAAAAUGAAAAUUACAUCAUUGAUUAGCACCUUCAUGGACGCUGAACUACAAAUGAUCGUUUCAUAUCCAUUUGUGCCUUCUCAAGCAAAUCCUUUGAUUUUGCAAAAACGACGAAAUGGAAUCCUUUUAAUGAUACAUGCUCAUGGAUUUGCACAGAUCAAUUUUCUUCAUACGCAUUAUAAAUUAGUAUUGCAUCAGGAUGACUGCGGUCAGAUUAAGUUGACCAUUAUGCAUCCUAAUCGACGCCUAUUUACUUUUUCUAUGGUACCGAAUUGUCAAAUGCCUGUUUAUCAGUGCCCAGAAAGUCGUCAAGCUCAGUUAUUGGUUGAUAAAGCUAGAUUAUCACUUAUGAGUAGUUCAAUUCGUUAUCAUCUUAGUACUGAAUGCUAG